AUGGCACCAGUGCCGACGACGACGACACCAUCAUCACACAUCAACGUCGCUCGACAAGCACCACAGACACAGACACAGACGUGGAGCACAUUCAUGGCCGACAAUGAGCAGCCGACAGCUGCCAUGUGCCUCACCUUCUCCAUCGUCACCCUCCUCGUCCUCGCCCUGCUCCUCUACACGGGCCGCCGCUGGGAAGCGUGCAACAGCAGCAACUCGUUCCGACGCCGCAUCUGUCCGCACUGUCGAGACAAGGCCAGCGCGCAGGCGGCCAGACUUCGAACGUGCCCGACGGAGAAUAUGGAAUUGAACGUAAAGAUAAUGACAGAAAAGAGAUCCGAGGCGGCAGCAUCGUGGCAUGGAACCAACAUGCUCAACACGUCAUGGGGAUGGAUGAGUUAG